AUGAAGGGUUCUGUCCUUCAGCGUCUAUUAACGAAACAGAAACAAGAGAAGUUUGGUAGUGCCGUAAACAAUGAUAAAUGGGAUGAGCUUGUCCCUAAUAUUAUAUCUGGAGUUUCUAAAUUUGAAGAUGUGAUUGUUCCCAUACAAGAACGUGGAAAAGUUAUGAACCUUUUCCAGUAUGUGACUAUUUUAGAGCCGAGCCAACCACACUUAGGACUGAUUACCCGCAUUCUUAGCAUAAUUCCGAACGAAAAUAUGCAAGAAGCGGCAGGUCAUUUGCGCGAGAUGGCUCUUACAUAUGGCUCUUCUGCCUCCCCAAUCAUUGAUUUGAUUGUGAGAAAUUUCCUAAACCAGAGCGAAUUAUUUCUUGCUGAUAUCAUAAAUUCUCUCAUGGAUGCGUCACAGAACUUUGUUCCGUUAAUUGCAGCAUCCAUUACUAAAUAUUUUCCCCAAACUACUUUCGAAGGGGAUCAACAAAUCAAUUUUUUGAGAUCUACUCUUCACGUUUGCUCUUAUUCCUAUGAUGUUACUCUGAAGGUUCUCGGUCGUGUUGUCCAGCACAUCGUUGGCCUUGACUGCGAACUGAUGAUCAGAACUUACAAAGGAACAGAUGCAAUCGUAAUUGACGAGGACGUGGCAGCAUUGCUGACUCCUCAGAUAUUAUUUCUUCUCGACUUUAUAGAAAACGCAUCGCAAAACAUUUUUACCCUUUUACUGCAGCUAUUUGACGUAUAUAUACUGGAUUUGCCUUAUUCAUCGGUUGUUCAGUUUAUAUACUUCAUGGCUUCAUCGUUCAGUUCAGAAAAUUACCAGACUUUCGUUGGUUUCCUUUUGGCAAAGAUAUUUAACGAAAAUGUUAAUAAAAGAACAAGAGGUAACGCUGCUUUUUACGCAUCGACACUCGUAGCAAGAGCAAAGUAUAUUGAUGACCAAUUUGCUACUUUUGUCUUAGAUUACGUUUCAAAUUUUGCCGAAUGUUAUUUAAACCACAUUAAACAGAAUUCACCUCAAUUUCUUACGAGAAAUAUUCAAGUUCAUGCUGUUUACUACUACGCAUUGCAAUGUUUCGCUUACAUUUACUGUUGGAGACACGAUGGAUUCGAAAAAAUGGAGAUUGACGUAGAAUCACGUUGGAAAGUGUCUCUUCUGUUUAACAAUGAGCUGGAAGGCCUAAGUGCUAUCGAUCCGAACACUGCGGUUAUGUUUUCUAAUUUUGGAUUAAUUGAUUACGAACCUGACCAAUCAGUAAUCGAAAGAAUUCAAGUUUGGUUCCCUUACGAUCCUUGUCCGCUGGAAGAAAUCGCAGAAAGAGUCUCUUCUUAUUAUAUGCAGUGGGGAGAGAACGCAGAGCCAGGAGAUGUCGACGCUGCAUUAGAAAACAGUCUGAGUAGGAUUUGUGCAAUGCGUGGAAUCUCUCUUGGCGACAUUCUUGGUCAAUAA